AUGUUGACUAAACAAUUGUUGUAUCAAAAUGCAACUUUAGUUGGUAGUGCACAGACCAUAUUUAAAGAAACAGACGAAUAUCAAGAUGUGUGUGCGCUGCUAGAAAACUCCUAUAAGACUCGGUGUAAACAAAAAAAUUAUUCAAAUAAUUUACCUCAAGCCUCCGUAGUUAUUUGUUUUUAUAACGAAGCCUGGUCCGUACUUUUGCGAACAAUUGACUCAGUCCUACAAAGGACCCCCGCCCAUCUUCUGAAAGAAAUAAUUCUCUUUGACGAUUUUUCAACUAUGGACCAUUUAAAGGAGAACCUAGAGAACUAUGUCAGAACAUUAACUAAGGUGACAUUAAUCCGUGCCAGCCGCAGAAAAGGCUUAAUACGAGCAAGGAUUUUGGGGACAAAAUACGCAACUGCUCCCGUAGUGGUAUUUCUUGACAGUCAUUGCGAAUGUACUACAGGCUGGAUUGAACCCCUAUUGGAUCGAAUAAAAAAGAACUCUGCAACUGUAGUUAGCCCAGCUGUAGGUCACAUAGAUCCUGCAACCUUCGAAUUUAUACCACAGACCUCAAAAUACCUUCAAAUUGGCGGAUUCGAAUGGGACCUCAAAUACAUUUGGCAGCCUUUAUUAAAAAGCCGGAAAAUACCCUCAGAACCAAUAAAAACGCCCACUAUAUCUGGAGGGUUAUUCGCAAUCAACAGAGAUUUUUUCAAAAAAAUCGGCUAUUUCGACCAAGGCUAUAGAAUUUGGGGUGCUGAGAAUUUGGAGUUAUCGUUUAAGACUUGGAUGUGUGGCGGAUCCUUGGAAAUAGUUCCGUGUUCACAUGUAGGACAUGUUUUUAGGAAGACUUUUCCGUAUAAAUCUGCGAAGCUAUCACACAGGCGAAAUGCAUUGAGGCUAGCCGAGGUGUGGAUGGAUGAUUAUGCAAAAUAUUAUUAUCAAAGGAUCGGGGGUGUACGUGAAGAUUUCGGUGAUGUAACAAAGCAGAAAGAAUUGCGAGAAAAAUUGAAAUGUAAAUCAUUUGAAUGGUACAUGCAUAAUGUUUACCCAGACAUGAAAUUGCCUGACGUAAAUGUUGCUUAUGGGCAGAUUUAUAGUAUUUUGGAUGGCUAUGCGGUGUGUCUUGACGUGGCUUCGGAGUGGAUAAACGUUCAGACGGCUGUGAGUGCCAGAGCCUGUCAUCUUCAAGGAGGAAAUCAAUUCUGGUGGUAUACUAAUAAAGGCAGAAUUGAACACGAUACGACUUGCUUGGACUUUGUUUUGGGAUUUGUGACCGCUUGCAUGUGUGAUGACGAGUCGCAGACGCAAAUUUGGAUUUAUGAUGCUAAGUCAAAGCAAUUACGGCAUAAACAAAAGGGAAAAUGCCUUACUGUCAAGGAGAAUUUUGGCGGGGAAAGUCUGGAAUUAGACCUGUAUAAAUGUAUUAAUAUAUCAACGCAAGAAUGGACUAUGGAUAAUUUUAAUAUCAAUAGACUAUCUUCCGAACUGCAGCCAUAAAAGUGUAAUUGUAUUUUGUUCGUUAUAAAAUUGCAUUAAAACGUAUUUUCCAUAUAAAAUCUACUAAAGAAUAUGACGAUAAGAAUGCUUUAUUUUUCCCCUCAAAGUAAAUCUUAUCAUCAGAACUAAAGUUGCUUUCCGAUCGGGUUAUCGGAGCGCGAGUUGACUUUUACGUAUUUGCUUAGACAAUUA